AAAAUGAAUUAUUAUCGUGCUUGGUUAUUAAAAAGAAAAAUAAAACGAAAAUGAAAAGUUUUUCAAAUAAAAUGGAAUAAGGCAAAUCUUGCACUCCCACUAAUAACAAAAAGAAAAAUAUAAAAAAUGAAUAGUGGUUGAAAUCAAGAAAUGUUUAACUGAAAUCGUUACGGCUAUUAAGUAAGAGUUGCACAAACUCUUAUACGCUCAACUAAUUGCUUGUUCGUUUAUAUAUAUGAAUGCGUGAUAAACUGAAGAGACUAUAAUAAAAAAAAAAAAAAAAGAAAAAAAAAGUCUUAAACAAAAUGAUGGAAAUUAAACAAAAUACAUCAAUGGAUUUUAAUGAUUUGAUGUCAACCAGUAAAAGCGAUGUUAACACUAGUGUAAAUGAUGGCGAUUCAGUUAUGACUGACUUGACCUUAAAUAAUUUGGAAAACCAUUUAAUAGCAACCGCCAGUGAAAAAUCUUCUCCGAUUACUGAUGAUGUGGUUUCCUCUCUAAUUGGUAUCGAUAACGAUUUAGAUGUACCGGUUAGUGCAGAGUUAGAAGAUGUUUUAUUGGCGGGUGAUGAUGUUGUUAGUUCGUCAGAUAAUAUUGGCGCAACAGUUGUUGCCCCCAAUCCAACAAUUGUAAACAGUGAUAAGUUAGAUUCGUUAACUUCUAUUAUAAGCUCCACCAAUGAUGAAAGAAAUGUGGGUGAUGAUCUCGACACUUUGCUAUCAAAAAUUAAUGAUAUAGUUCAAGAUGAUCCAGUAAAGAAUGCCGAGCUUAAAGAACAGGGAGAAGAGGAGAAACGAUCCACUGAGAAAAUUAUCUUGUCUAUAGAAAAAGAAAACCACGUGGAAAAAAGCAUCACUGUUAAGCCGGAAAUAUUUGCAAACAAAAAGGAUAAGGAAAUAAUUCAAGAAAUUGAUACAAAAACAAAAUACAAAUUGGAAAUCGAAAUUGAUAAAGCGCAAAGAGUAGAAGAGGUGAUAUCGCAGACAGGUGAAAUUGAAGUUGUUAAUGGCCCCCCAUCUGAGAAUUUAAUUAAAUCACCCGAACAAAGUCAAAAGAACCUGACACUGGUAGAUGAGAUCGUAGAAACCACCGAAGAAGCGGUUGUCGCGAGCUCUUCUUCCCUAAUUGAUGAGGUUGCUACGAAAGAAAAUCUAACCUUAGUUCAGGAUAAGAGUAAUGAUAAUUCGGUUGUCCGUAUUGACAAAAGCCCGUUAAAUACUACAAAAGAUUUGACUGUAAUUGAAGAAAACUCUGCAGCCGAGAAAAAACCGACUCCCGAGAUUAUUAAAGAAAAUAAGACUGAAGAAGGACAAAAAGUAACAAAAGACAUUGAAACUUCUGUAGGUAAAGCGGAAAGUGCCGUAAUAAUAACGGUGGAAUCGAAUAAAGACGCAGCGAAGGAAAACACUAAAGAAACAGUUGAAGUGAACUGCGCUGAAAAAGAUGGGAAAAUGCCUGCACUCUGUUUAGAUGACGAGCUUCGGUGCCAUCAGCCCAAAGAGACACAGGCAGAACAGCAGGAGUUUAAAACAGAAGGAGAAAAAAAUAGAAAGAAGGCGCCUCCUGAUAAUGCCGCACAAAAGGAGCCCUCAGUUAACAAAACAGAUCAUGAAGGCUCUGAUGAUGAAAUUGAAUUUUUUGUGGAAAAGUCAGACGAGUCAUUAAUUGAGACAGAUGAUGGAUCAACUACUGAAGGGAAAAAAUCUCUACAACCGGAGAAAACUGUAGGGAAGGAUCAGGAUAAGUCUGAGACAUUGACGGAAAUCUCCACAAAUGAAAAGAUCUCCAACUGCAAUGAAAAUGUAGAAGAUGUAGUCGUUUUAGAUGACGAGGAAGAGGAAGAUGAAACAAACAAAGAUAAAAUUGUCAAAGAUGGUGAAGUCAAAUCGAAGCAAACUUUGGAUCCUGUUGUUGCUGGGACUACGAAAAAUUCAUCAGAAGAAAACAAAACACUUAAUCAGGAGCCGAACGAUCAGUCGAAAACGUCACUACAACCGGAUAAUUCAGACAAUGCUCGUGAUGAUUUUAAUAGCGAAAAGUCUGUAGAGGAAAAAUGUAGUACUCCCGUCGCAGACGCUGACGAAAUAACUAGCAACUGCAGUAGCAGCAGUAAUUUGUUGCAAGAAGCGAAGCCCGUAGAAGGUGCUAGUGAGGAUCCUUCAUUAGCCGAGGCUGACAACGAAAACGAAGACGACGACGAUAAUGAUGAUAAUGACGCAGACUUGGAAAUUGUAGAAAGUGAGCUGAAAGUAGAAGGCGGGGAAGAGAGAAAUGAGGAUGAACCGGCUUCGAAGCGUGUAAGAUUAAAUCAGGAAAAUGAGGAAUCCACUAAUACUGAAAGUCUAAACGCCGAACGUCUAGAGUCCACAGAAACGCAAGACGAGGAUAAAACUGCUACGAAGACCGAACCCGAAAAAGAAUCAAUCGCGGUAAAUCCUAAAGAAGAGAAAGUGGAAGGGUCAGUUGUUGCAGUUAAACGUUCACACGAUGUUAUUGAAAUAGAAGGCGAUGAUGUACCUGAAAAUUUAGAUCAAUGUAAAAAGUUUAAAAGAGCCGAAACGCCACCCAAACAAGAACCAAUCUCAUCUCCUGCUACGAGCGAAGAGAAAAGCUCUGUAAAAUUAAGCGGUUCAUUAAAAUUCGUGCCGUCUGAUACACCCAUUCCACUUUAUCCCCCUCCUAUAUUCGAUGAGACGGUGAAUUCUAAAGAAUAUAAGCUUAGCUUGGACUUUUACAAAAAAUUCCAUAAAUCUUUUAAUAAAAUGACUAAACAGGAUCUCGAAGAAUUAGUUUUACAAAAAUUGGUUGAAGCAAUCAUUCACAAAAGCGAAUUUGCCGAUAUGCGUGAUUUGGUCGAAAAACAAGAGAAAAUUAUUUGCAGCCAACGUAAUAAGCUUACCGAGCUAACGAAACAAUUUCGUGAUCUCGAAAUGGUGCACAGUCGUGUGGUAAAAGAUAUUGAACAGCGUAAUUCUCAGUUUAUAAUGCCGGUGAAAAUCACACGGGCGGUCGGUCUUCAGGUAUAUAUUCCGAAUAAGAAACCAUUAGCCGAAACAGGUAGCAGUAGCACGCAAAUUUCGCCGCAACGUCCCCAAGGACCUUUGGCUCAGCAAUUGGUGACACCGCAAAGACCCAUUGCUCACAAUGUAUCUGGUUCCGAAAGUUUAUCAGCAAAUUCAUCACGUAUCAAUAAUAUUAUGCCUACAGCAGUAGUUCCUGUAAAUGUACGACGCGGUUGUGUGCAGAAAAUAACACCAACCCGUCCUAUAAAUAGCGCUGCUGCGAGUAGCACAUCAAAUGCUACCAAUUCCGUGGUAUAUCGUACCAAUAGUCUGUCAACAACAGCUAAUCAACUGGCUCAGCCAAGAAUAUUAAAUAAAAAUAUUGGAUCCAACGCAAGUGCUACCGUUAACCCAGGCAGCGGCACUGUCGGUGGAAAUGCUACCAUGCAAAGAUCGCAGUUUUCAGUGCCGGCGAGAGACCCACAACGACAGCAGUUGCAGCAACAACCACCACAACUGAUUCGUACUGUUCCUCCUGCAAGUGGACAACGUGCAAGUACACCUAAUGUUAAUACCCAAUCGAAGCCGUUAGGUGCAGAUAUUAUGCAAAGGCGUUCCGAUAUAAUGGUUGCAGCUAAUAACAACAGCAAUGCUACAACAUCUGCGACGCCUUUAGUAGUAAUGGAAAAUUACCUGAGCUCUAUUAAUCAUUUAAGUGGCACAAACACGUCAGUGAGCAUUACACCAGCUAAACCAAAAGAGAAGGCAGUUAUUGAUUUAACCGAUGAAGAUGAAGCCCCACCUGCACCAUCAGCGUCAGUUCCAACGGGCUCGGCUGUUAUUUCCACUACAUCACAACGCCGCAGUUUACCCUCACAAAGUAACUUUAAUACUCCGAUGCCGUACAGCCGUCCGGCCCCUCCAUUGGCCCGUGUAACCCCUAGCAACCAAAUUGCCGCGAAUAAGCUGCGGGCAAUAGCUCCAAUGCCGACGGCCAAAAACUCUAUAUACUCUGGUCUGAGUGCACCGUCCGGCACAAGUAUAACACGUUUAAAUAUGUCUGCAAAUAGUCCUGCUCAGCAACGUUUAAAAUAUAGUCAUCCAGCACCUUUACCUACGACGCCUCCGCAAAAUUUUAACCCAAGCUGGAAAUUACCACCGCCUCGGCCUACCAUACGUAUUAGUAAUUUAGAUAACGGGAUAGUGAUUUCGUGGACCAUGGAGGAAUCACUUGAUCAUUAUGAUGAUUGUGUAAGCUAUCAGAUUUAUGCCUAUCAGGAGACCGCAGGACCGCCGUCUGUUGAUUCGUGGCGUCAUGUAGGCGACGUGAAAGCUAUGCUUCUUCCCAUGGCGGUCACUCUAACGCAAUUCCAAGAAGGUCAACGCUAUUAUUUCGCAGUGAGAGCCGUAGACUGUCAUCAACGUUACGGCCCAUUCAGUUUACCCAAAACAUGGAGCUAAGCAAUUCACAUGUUGUUGUAAUAUGUGGGAACAUUUCCCCUAUAUAUUAGUGAAAAAAAAAUUGUAAUUUUUGGUUUCUCUCAUCAUUGUGUCGUAUUGAUUUUUUCAUUAAUCGAUCUUUAGUUUCAGUUUGUUGAAUAUUUGAACUAUUUUCAAGCAACUUUUCCAUAUGCUUUUAUUCUAUUCUAUUUUUUUUUUUUUUUUAUUGAAUAUUGCUUUUUUUAAUAUUUAAGUUUUCGUUGAAUUUUU